AAAAAAAAAAAAAAAAAGAUUUAAGCAGGCCACUGUCAUUGGGAAUGUUAUAAUAGGAUGUUGAUGAUAGUAUGAUACCGCAGUUCAAGCUUAUUGGCAUCUAUAUAAUGGAGAAGCAUGAUGAUGGGAAUCCAAUGGGGGUAAAAUGGGAAGAAAGAAGAAAGAGAAUCCAAAUUAUGUGCUAUUUCUGUUUUAAUUAUAAUAGGGUCUACACAGAGACUAGAAAACCACUUCUAACAUUUUUCCCGACAUCCAUACUUUUUCUUUUCAAUUCUUUCCUAAUAUCCAACUAUGAACCUUAGCAGACCUGCUUUUUCACAUUUUCACUGGAAUACUAGGUGUCACUGGUGAACAAGCCAACUGAACCUACUAUACCUGCUUAGAAAACCUACUUUGUCUCAUUGAAAACCUAUUUUCUUGAACCUUAAGUCAACCUAAACCAUCAAGUUGGUACCCUCAUUUGUGGGGAGCUUUGUAAAAAAUUAAUAAACAGCAACCAUUCUCUUUGUACACUUGCUGAUUGCUAGGAAAGGGUUGUUUUGGUGUUACUUGCACUCUUUGGCACAUUUGUUAUUGUCUGAACUGUAGUGCUACAUCUCUUGACGACUAUGAUUACUUAACACCUUGCCGAGUGACUGUGAUAUGUAGCUAUGUUGAGAUCCCAUUAUCAGAUGGUAUUUUCCACCAGGAGGUUUGAGAUCCCAUUAUCAGAUGGUAUUAUCCUUCAGGAGGGUUGAUAUCCAAGGUCAAUUACAUAUUUCUCGAGAUAUGACAGGAUGUCUACAUUCAUACAUGGAGCUUGGUCAGAUUUCCAUGAUGUUCUUGGAGUUAUUGAUGAGGAAGAUACCCUUUAUUUCAUCAAACCAAAUGGAGAUGAUAUAGCAAGGAUAAAAAAACAGCAGCUAAAAAUAGCUGUUCCGAUCAUUGGCCUGAUUGCACAGAAUGAUCAUGAUGCAAAGAGUUCUUGUUUGUGUGGCUUCAAUAUUCUUAUGUCAGAUGGUUUGCUUCAUUAUAUUGAGGUUAGUCGGCAGUCAGAUGCAUCGGUUACCUCUAUCCCCAUUUCAAGUAAUCGUGCUAGCCUGAAGAAAAACUUUCCUCCAUACAUCUCAUGCCUGGACUUCCAUUCAGAACUUUCCUUGCUGGUUGUUGUUGGUAGUGCUGGUGAUAAUGGAUUCUAUUUUCUUUCUCUUGGGCGUAUAUCAAGGAAUGCAGAUCUAGAUCUUGUGUUCCAAACUCCUAAGUUUGAAGGUUAUGUCUCUGCACCAAAAGGUUAUAUAGGUGCUCUGUCAACUCCGAAAGUGCUAAUCUCACCACUUGGAAAGUAUGUCGCUGUUCUUGAUUUAAUGGGGGGCUUGGAUGUUUUUAGCUUGGAUUCUGAACUUUGUUCUCUUUCCAUUAUCGAAUGCGGCCAGAGGAACUACUCACAUACAACCAGUAUCUUAAGUGGAAGAGAGAAAUUUUACAAUGAUGUUGUAGAUUUCACUUGGUGGUCUGAUGAAAUCCUUGUCCUUGCAAGGAGGAUUGGUGUUGUCACCAUGAUUGACAUCCCUAGUGGUGUAAAACGUAUGGAGAAUGAUCCAGUAUUCACUGUGUCUGUUUUAGAAAGAGUUCAGCAAUGCCAAGGUUUUGUUUUUCUUUUGGAGAGUACAUUAUCAGAUGCUUCACAUGUUGCAUCUGAUUCUGUUGGAACUACCAAUGUGCAUGAUAUAGGGCAGACUGCUCAAGGUCAAAGCAGGUUUAAUCAGUUAGAUAUUGCUAAAUCACACUGGAGUUUGGUGUCAUUUUUGGCGAAAUCUGUUUCAGAAAUGUAUAAUAUUAUACUUAGCAAUCAGGAAUAUCAGGCUGCCAUGGACUUUGCUAACCGACAUGGGCUGGACAAAGAUAAAAUCUUCAAAUCACAGUGGUUACAUUCUAAUCAUGGAAGAAACGAAAUAAACAUGUUUUUGUCAAAUAUCAAGGAUCAAGAUUUUGUUCUUUCAGAAUGUGUUGAUAAAGUAGGACCGACGGAAGAUGCUGUGAAAGACUUAAUUGCAUAUGGUCUUCGUAUCACUAACUGGUACAGAUUUUCAGAACCGGAAACUGGUGAUUGUAGGCAAAUUUGGGAUUUCCGGAUGCGAAGACUUCAGUUACUGCAAUUUAAAGACAGGCUGGAGACAUUUGUUGGAAUAAAUAUGGGCAGGUUUUCUGUGCAGGAAUACUGCAAAUUUCGGGUUGUGCCUCUCAAUGAAGCUGCUGUAAGUCUUGCAGAAAGUGGAAAAAUUGGGGCCUUAAACCUUCUUUUCAAACGUCAUCCAUAUUCUCUUGCUCCUUUCUUGCUGGAUAUUUUGGCUGCCAUUCCUGAAACAGUUCCUGUUCAGACCUAUGGGCAGCUUCUUCCAGGGAGGUCUCCUUUCACUGCUGCUAUGAGGGAAAAAGAUUGGGUUGAGAGUGAAGAGAUGGUAAAUUAUAUUAAAGAGUUUUCAAAUAAUCACGAGAAUGUUAUCCAUACUAGAACUGAAUUCAUUCUGAAUCAGUGCUUAGGGUUUGUUUGGCCUUCUAUUGAUGAACUUUCCCUUUGGUACAAGAAUAGAGCUCGAGAAAUUGAUAGUUUGAGUGGACAGCUUGACAACUGCCUUCGUAUGGUGGAAUUUGCUUGUCAGAAGGGUCUUGAGGAGUUGCAGCAGUUUAGUGAGGACAUCUCAUACUUGUACUCGCUUAUUUAUACUGAAGGAAUUGAUGAUGAAGUAAACAUCACUAUUAGUCUCACUGCAUGGGAGCAAUUGUCUGACUAUGAAAAGUUCAAGAUGAUGCUCAAGGGAGUAAAAGAAGAUAAGGUUGUGGAAAGGUUGUGUGAGAAAGCUAUUCCAUUCAUGCAACGUAGAUCUGAUGCAAUGGCCUCAGUAUCUGGAGAUCAAGGGAUUGAUGAUCAGCAUGUGGUAGGUUGGAUGCCUGCUGACUCUUUUCUGGUUCGAUGGCUUCUAGAGAUAUCUUCAGAAAAUUAUUUAGAUAUUUGCUUGAUGGUCAUCGGGGAAGGGUGCAGAAAUUUCCAGAUUGAUGGCUUUUUUAAGGAUGGAGUUGAAGCUAUAGAAUGUGCCUUGCGGUGCAUAUACCUGUGCACUCUUAAUGAUCGGUGGAAUACAAUGGCCUCCAUUUUGUCGAAGAUUCCACAGAUAAGAGAUACUAAUUUCCAUCCUGCGGACCUGGACAAAAGAAUUAAACUUGCAGAAGGCCAUGUAGAAGCAGGGAGGCUUUUGGCAUAUUACCAGGUCCCAAAACCAAUUAGCUUUUUCCUAGAAGCUGCUUCUGAUGAAAAGGGUGUAAAACAGAUUCUUCGUCUUAUUCUCUCAAAAUUUGGUCGUCGGAACCAGGGGAAAUCAGAUAACGAUUGGGCAAACAUGUGGCGUGAUCUUCAGUGCCUUCAAGAGAAGGCAUUUCCUUUUCUGGACUUGGAGUAUGUGCUGAUGGAAUUCUGUAGAGGACUGCUAAAGGCUGGAAAGUUUUCUUUAGCUAGGAACUAUUUAAAGGGAACAGGUGCAGUUUCUUUGGCAACAGAGAAAGCAGAAAAUCUUGUUAUUCAAGCUGCAAGGGAAUAUUUCUACUCAGCUUCAAGUCUUGCUUGCUCAGAAAUCUGGAAGGCUAAGGAGUGUUUGAACCUCUUUCCAAAUAGCACAAUUGUUAAAGCAGAGGCUGAUACUAUUGACGCGCUUACCAUUAAACUUCCCAGCCUUGGCGUUACCCUUCUACCCUUGCAGUUUAGGCAAAUAAAAGAUCCAAUGGACAUUAUUAAUAUGGUAAUUACGGGUCAACGUGGAGCUUAUCUCAAUGUGGAUGAACUCAUAGAAAUUGCUAAGCUUCUUGGAUUGAGCUCCCAGGAUAAGAUAGCAGAUGUACAGGAGGCACUGGCAAGAGAAGCUGCUGUUUCUGGUGAUCUGCAACUGGCAUUUGAUCUCUGCCUUGUUUUGGUUCAGAAAGGACAUGGACCCAUUUGGGACUUAUCUGCUGCAAUAGCAAGAGGUCCUGUCCUUGAUAAUAUGGACAUAAGUUCUCGAAAACAGCUGCUAGGUUUUGCUUUGAGCCAUUGCGAUGAAGAAUCUAUUGGUGAGCUGCUGCAUGCAUGGAAGGAUCUUGAUAUGCAAAGUCAAUGUGAAACGUUAAUGAUAUUGACAGGGACAAAUCCUCCAAACUUCUCUGUUCAAAAUUUUUCAAUCACCUCACUUCCAAUUCACAGUAUUCAAGAUAUAGUGACCCUGAGAGAUUGCUCUGAAAUGGUGGGUGUUGGUAAUGGUGACCAGGAAGUUCAUUUUGAGAACAUAAAAAAUAUACUUUUUACUGUUGCAAAAGAGUUACCUAUUGAGAAAAGAACAGAUUGGGAUUCUCUUCUAAAAGAAAAUGGAAAACUACUGACUUUUGCUGCAUUACAGCUUCCGUGGUUGCUUGAAUUGAGUAGGAAUGCGGAGCAUGGGAAAAAAAAUAUUCCUGGCACAAAAGCCCUUGCUGGGAAGCCGUAUAUGAAUGUGAGAACACAAGCUGUAGUGUGUAUACUGUCCUGGUUGGCAAGAAAUGAUAUUGUUCCUAGUGAUGAUCUAAUUGCAUCUCUAGCGAAAUCAAUAAUGGAGCCACCUGUUACUGAAGAAGAAGACAUCCUUGGAUGCUCAUUCUUAUUAAAUCUCGUGGAUGCUUUUCAUGGUAAGGAAAUAAUAGAGGAGCAGUUGAGAACAAGGGAAGCAUACCAUGAGAUCUCUUCUAUCAUGAACAUGGGGAUGCUAUAUAGUUCGUUGCACAACUUUGGUGUGGAAUGUGAUGGUCCUUUUCCGAGAAGGGAUCUGCUGCUGCAGAAAUUCCAAGAGAAGCACAAAACACUCACUUCAGAUGCUAUGGUGAAGAUUGAUGAAGUGCAAUCUACCUUCUGGAGAGAUUGGAAAUCAAAACUAGAAGAACAGAAGCGCAUGGCAGAUCAGUCUAGGGCACUAGAGCAACUAAUACCUGGGGUUGAAACUGCGCGGUUUUUCUCUGGGGAUUAUGUUUACAUUGAAAGUGUUAUUCUUUCCUUGAUUGAUUCAUUAAAGCUGGAAAAGAAACCUGUGUUGAAGGAAGCAUUGAAAUUAGCUGAUGCUUAUGGCUUGAAGCAAACUGAUGUGCUACUACUGUUCUUUAGUUCUGUCCUUGUUUCUGAGGUUUGGACAAAUGAUGAUAUUGUGGCUGAAACUUCGGAGCAUAGGGAGAUAAUGCAUGCUUGUGCUGCAGAAGUCAUUAAAACCAUUUUCUUAAUUGUCUAUCCUGCAAUUGAUGGGUGCAACAAGGAGCGCAUUGCUUUCAUAUACAGUAUUCUCUCUGACUGCUACUUGCAGAUGGAGAGAACUGAAGAACCCUUAUCAGUCACACCCCCUGAUUUAUCAGAUACUUGUAAUCUUGGUUUAACACAACUCUACAGGGUUCUUGAGCAAGAAUGCAGAAGGGUUUCCUUUAUCAAGAAUUUGAACUUUAAAAACAUUGCUGGGUUAGGUGGUUUGAAAUUUGAGUGCUUCAGCAAUGAAGUUUACAAAAGCAUCGAUGAAUCAAGUGUGGAAGCUUUAGCAAAAAUGGUUCAGAAUCUUGUCAGUAUUCAUACUGAUUCUGAGCAUUUUGUGUCGUCACAGGAGGUUUACAAGCACUAUGUUUUGAGUUUGUUGGCAACUUUCAAUGGUAGAACCAAAAUUUAUGGUCAUCCUGAUGAUCCAGAAAACUUUCAGCGCUUCAUAAGUGAACUUGAGCAGAACUAUGAUCAUUGCAGGUUCUAUAUUGAAUCCUUGUCCCAAUCAGAUGGCUUGAACAUUAUGUGGCGAUACUACACAUCAAGCCUUCUCACAGAUAAAUCUUCUGGGAAUUUAAGAGGUGACUCAGCAUGGCUGGACUGCCUUAUCUCGCUUUUGAAUUUCUGGAUUAGAAUGGCAGAUGAUAUGCAAGGGAUUGCAUCAUAUGAGAGUUCAGAAGACUUGCUCAUAAAGCUUAAUCUGAAAAAACUAUGGAAAUGUUUGAAGGUUUUCAGUAGCUUGGUGAUGGAGGAGAAAGUUUUGGUAAGUCAAGGUUGGUACACUGUUCACAACUAUGCAAAGUGUGAGCUUGUGAACAAUUCCAUUGAUCAGGUUUUUAUUUUCUGCAAAACCAUGGUUUUUUCUGGCUGUGGGUUUAGAGCCAUUGCUGAAGUCUUUUCUGAAGCCAUGGUGCCGGACCCAACCAGCUCAAAUUUGGACCCGGAUAAUGAAUUUAAUCUGGAUUAUACUCAGAAUCUUCCACAACUUUACAUAAAUAUAUUGAACUCUGUUUUGUUUGAUUUAGCAAGUGAAUCUGCUGAACGCCAGAAUUUCCAUUACUUGUUGUCAUCACUAAGUAAAUUGGAGGGUAAUCUGGACAAUUUGAAGAAGGUUAGGUAUGCUGUCUGGGGAAGAUUGGGGACAUACUCUGGUAAUAUGCAACUGCAAAGUCAUGUUCGAGUUUAUGCUUUAGAACUUAUGCAGUCCAUCAUGGGUAGGAAUCACAAGGGUCCAUCCGAGCCCUUACCAGAUGUUCAACCAUGGGAAGGGUGGGAUGAAUUUCAUGCUUCCACGGCAAGCAGUGAGACUCCCAAUCUGGGUGGGGUGAAUCUCUCAGAUGCAUCAAGCUUACUUACUAAUACAUUGAUUGCCCUUAGGUCGACCCAACUGGCAGCAGAAAUUUCACCAAAUAUUGAAAUCUCGUCAGAUGAUCUUUUGACGGUGGACUCAGCAGUCUCUUGCUUCUUGAAUUUAGCUAGAGUUGCUAGUACUAAAUCACAUUUGGAUGCUCUACAAGCCAUCCUGGAAGAGUGGGAAGGGUUUUUCUCUAGUGUGAGAAACGAAGAGGAUUCAUGUGAAGCAGCUGAUGUUGGAAACAACUGGAGCAGUGAUAACUGGGAUGAGGGCUGGGAAAGCUUUCAGGAAGAACCUAUUGAGAAAGAAGGGAGAAAUGAGAGAUCUCUUUCUGUCCAUCCUCUACAGAUGUGCUGGAUGGAGAUAAUCAAAAAGCUUGUUGUGCAGUCCCAAUUUGUAGAUGUGAUGAGACUGAUGGACCAAUCCUUAUUGAAACCUAAUGGCGUUUUGCUGAGUGAGGACAGUGCUCGGAGCUUGAGUCAUUUUGUUUCUGCCAUGGAUUGCUUUGUGGCUCUAAAGAUAGUGUUGUUACUUCCUUACGAAGCUGUUUGGUUGGAGUGCUUACAAACUGUUGAGGCUAAGUUGAAACAAGAAGGUAUCACCAACACAAGGAGCCGAGAUCAUGAGCUUUUUAUCCUUAUUUUAUCAUCUGGGCUGGCGUCGAACAUUGCCACCAACUCCAAUUACAGUACCACUUUCUCAUACUUGUGUUAUUUGGCGGGGCAUUUCUCACACCUUUGUCUGGAAGUGGACUUAUCCCGAGUCAAAUCUAUAGUGAGGGAGGGGACUAGUACUGGUCAAGAUGACUUUCUUUUUCUCUUCAGAAGAAUUUUAUUUCCGUGCUUUAUAUCAGAGCUUGUGAAGACAAAGCAGCAGCUUCUAGCUGGUUUUUUGGUAACUCAGUUCAUGCACACGCAUGCUUCUUUCAGCCUUAUCAACAUUGCAGAAGCUAGUCUGACAAGGUAUUUGGAAGGGCUGGUUUGCCUGCCGGAGUGUGCUGAACCCAUUCUUGGUGAAACUGAUUCUUGUAAGUCAUUAGUAAAUACCAUCUCUAGAUUGAGAGGGAAGUUGGGAAGUUUGAUACAAUCUGCAUUGUCAUGUCUUUCAACUAAUAUGAAAUGAAAAUCUCUCUCUCUCUC